AUGAAGAUGCAGACUUUUACGAGCACAAUUACAGGUAUGAUCUUCUGCUCGUUUCUUUUGGCAUCUCCUCAAGCUCAAGCUGCACCUGUUCUAGGCAGCGUGACCAGCUUGGUCCACGCCCCCCCAUGCCACAAUCUGAGCUCUCAUUCCUCCGCUGUGAAUGGCCAAUUCCAGCAACUCAAGCAUUGGUUCCAGCUCGAGACCAUUAUCCGCACUGUAGGUGAGUGGGGUGUAGAAGACAUGACAUGUGGUGGGGUUUGCCAAGCUUCUGACGAUUGCUAAUCUCGCCAUUUGUAUCUAUGCAGACACUUUCUUUGGCACAAGCAUAGCUUCUUUGGGCCCUGCGACAAGCCAGCGCAUCAGUAUCGAAGCAGAUGACGAAGUCGCUCUCCCCGCCAGCACUUUGUCCGUGAUCCCCGGCAGCGGCCGCGACCCGUCUCUGAUCGAUCUCAACAUCGGAAACGUGUUUGGUGUCACCAAGCUGCUUAAGCGUCAGCGUUUCGUCCCCGGCCAUGGCAAGAGCACUGGCGGAAAUGGCGUCAACACCUACUCAACGACUGUUGCACGAAGCCAGUGCAAGGACGCAAAUGGCAAACCGUGCGACAAGCGUUUCGGAUUCAACGGAUUGACGCAGUAG